UCCCGACGCCCCUCCCGCGCACGCGCACGCGCACGCCGCGCCGGCCCCCGCAGCUGCUAUGGCGUCCGAGCGACUCCCGAGCCGGCCCGCCUGCCUCCUCGUGGCCAGCGGCGCCGCGGAGGGUGUGUCUGCCCAGUCCUUCCUUCACUGCUUCACGCUGGCCAGCGCCGCCUUCAACCUACAGGUGGCCACCCCUGGGGGGAAGACCAUGGACUUCGUGGAUGUGAAUGAGGGUAACGCUCGCUGGGUGCAGGACUUCCGCCUCAAGGCCUACGCCAGCCCUGCCAAGCUGGAGUCCAUUGAUGGUGCCCGGUACCACGCCCUCCUGAUUCCCAGCUGUCCCGGGGCCCUGGCCGACCUGGCCAGCAGUGGCUCCCUGGCCCGCAUCCUCCAGCACUUCCGCUCGGAGAACAAGCCCAUCUGCGCGGUUGGCCACGGCGUCGCAGCUCUGUGCUGUGCCACCAAUGAGGACCGAUCCUGGGUCUUCCAGGGCUACAGCGUCACAGGGCCGUCCGUGUACGAGCUCGUCAGGGCCCCUGGUUUUGCCCACCUGCCCCUCAUCGUGGAGGACUUUGUGAAGGACGCCGGCGCCAGCUUCACUGGAAAUGAGAUGGCUUCCCACCUGCCAGCGGACACUGCCCCCUCUAGACGACCGGAUUCCUCAGGCCUCCAGGGACCCCACCUCCUUGACAGCCCGAGAGUGACUUCUGGAUGCCCAGCUGGACUCAGCGGGAUUGUUGGGAGGCCUCUGAGAAUUAGCCCUGAAGAGUGUCAGCUGUGGGGGAGGGGCCGCCCUCCCCACCCCCAGGCCCCUUGCCUUCCCUGGGGGCAGAGUAGUAGAGGGGCUCAGGGCUGUCAGGUGGUCUCUGAGAAUCCCGCAUGAGCUUGGCUCGGAGAGUUGGUCUGUGGGAGUCGGCUGUGGGGGUCCCCGUGUUUGUCUUGGAUCCUUUGGUCUUCCUGUGCCCAGCUGGCUGGUCCUCCCUUCUGCCUGUCCCUGUCCACCCUGACCGAGUCUGGUGGUGGUGCCAGGACCCCGUUGUGUGUGGUGAGGACAGGGCCCAGGCCUCUGUGCCGCCCCCGACUCCUCUAGGUGUUGGUGGGGGAAGCUGUGGUCCAGCUUCCGUUUGCCCAAGGCCAGGGGGCAGCUUGUGAGGGACACAGGCUCCUGGCCCCCAGGCAGGCCCCAGACCCCUCGGUGCUGAAGGAGCAGCCCUGAUUUUAAUCCUUGCCGUGGGUGUGGGUUCAGAGUGUGACGGUAACACCGUGUGAGGCCAUCGCUUCUGAUGCUGAAACUGCUGGGUCUUCAGAAAGCAGCACUGCUCGCCCAGAGCCCUGCCCACGUGGCGUGUGGGUUUGCAGCUGCCCCAGAGCUUUCGAGGUAGAGGGACCAAAGUGCGGGUCCUGCUGGCCGGGAGCCUUGGAGCAGUGCUCCUCGGUCUACACCUAUGUGUAGAGCCAGGCCUCCACAGGCCUGUGCAGGGGGUGCUCCGUACCGACAUGGCCACUCACCCUGCAGGCUCGCGGGCCUCCAGGGGCCGGGCAGGUCCUCUUGCGCCCCGACUUGGCUUGAGCGCUUUGCUGCAUCUGACCCCCCUGGAACGAAGAUGGGAAGGAGGCGAGGCCUCCCCCGCGCCACAGAGUGGGGAGAUGCAGCCCCGCCCCUGAGUUUUUCUGAGGGCACCAUGCCAGGAGCUCCUGACGCCACGGCCCUGCUCGCCGGCUCCACUGAGAGGCCUGGGUCCUCCGGGCCUCGGUCACCACCACAGGGUGGUCGACAUCUCUAGACGAGCUCUUUUAAUUAAAGUUCAUGCUUUGUGGGCUC